ACCUUCAACCAGACGCUGCAUCCCCAUUAAUUCAUACCUCUGCUCUACGACAAGCCUCCAUUUACUGAGAAAUAACUAGCCAAUUUUCACAGAUAAUUGCACCAAUACAACGCGGAUCGGAGAAAGCGCAUGAAUUUUUCCUCGGUCAUAACGAUUCUGGCCAAGAAAGCUCUAGGAAUCAGACCUUGCUGCUAACCUUCUUCGUCGACACAGAAAUCUCCACUGCGCUCAAUUCAUCUGCCCAGCAACGCAAUCCGGAACUUUAGUUCCCCCAAUAUUAGAUUGGAACACAUUUAUAUGCCUUUGAAACGCCGUCGACUCUGUAAGAGCAACGUCCAGCCAGCACAUUCCGAGACCGAUUCAAACGAUUUGGGUGCUUGCGCAAGAAACUACUUUGCAACGAUGACUGAUGAAUCUGAAGUAGCUGAUUGGAAGAAUCACCCAACACUUGAGUCAUCAUUUGUUGCCACACUUGUAGAAUGGCAUAGGAAUGGUGCUUGGGACAAGUUCCAAAAGGGCAGGUCGAACUGGCAUCAUCUAACUCUACACAUGAAUGACAAGUGUGGAGCUAAUUUGAAGUGGGAACAAUACCGAUCCAAAUUUUACCGACUGGAAUCUGAGUGGAAGUGUUUUAUCAAGCUAAAUGGGAUGUCCGGAUCUACGGCAGAGACAGGAGUUGGCUUUAAUUCAGAGUUGCUGUGCUUUCAGGCCACAAGGGAGAAAUGGAGCGCUCUUACGCGGGAAAAUAAAUUCUUUGCAAGGUUCAAAGAAGGACGAAGCUGUGGCUGUUUCUUUGAACUGACUGAAAUCCUUCAGGGCAGAUCUGCCACAGGCAAGCAUGCCCAAUCGUCUACCCAGAGUGAAGUCCAUCACUCUCCGUGGUCUGCUGAAAAGACAACUGGUGCUGCAUCAAGAGUCAAGGGAAAGGCAAAGGUAGACGAACCUACGUCAGUGUUUUGGGGUGACGAUGUUUACAUCCCUGUUGUGGAUGAAGAUGUCGAAUUUGUUGGUAGUAGGCCUGGUAAACGACCAGCCUCCAGUCGAGGGACUUCGUCCUAUGAUGGGUCUAGGAGUACUAAGUCUCAAAAGACUGGUGAGGCUCUGCGAGAUGCAGCUUGCAAUAUUAGCAAAUUGUCACAGAUUAGGAUUGAUGAAAACACGCAACGUAAUGAGUGGUGUGUGGCUGCUUUGAAGGUUUGGGACAAGAGCUACCCGAAACAUGAGCCUGUACAUCUGUGGAACCAGAAACGGCUUGCAUGCAUGAAGGAGUUCGCAAGCAAUGAGAGGUGGUGCCACAUGUUCCUCCAAUCGGAUGAAAGUUUCCAAUAUUACUACGCCGAUACCAUUCUUGACCCCAAACCCCCUCAUGCAUAGGUAGAAUGAAUAAGUUCGUGACUUAGGGACAGCAUGGGAUGCUAUGUUGGGCUGUUUUCGGUCACGGGAGAUGCGGCGACCAAUUUUGGCUUUUUAUUCUUCCCACAAAGCAUUCUCAUGGAUCCACUUUAUUGUAGCUUUCAUGUUUUAUUGGAUGAGUACUCGUAGUACGUUUGUAAUAAUUAUGGGGUGAAUUCAUUACACGCAACUGUUAUGAAUUUUUCUUAAUUAUGCAUGUGGCAUACGUGGUCACCAAAUGAUGUUG